AUGGGAGUUUUUAAGUGGUUACGCCGGGAACGUGUGUCCGUUACGACGAGUCACAUAGAUCCAUCGCCCAGUCUAGAGGAACCCCCUAUACAAGUAGGCACAAUCCGAACCGAAGAGUAUAAACGGGACCUCGCCGAGUUUCAAGCUCGAAGAUCUUCAGGUAGCAAGGAAUUACAGGAAUCUCCCAUCAAGAAGAAAUGUGGACGCCACUCUUUACCAGUAUCUUGCACAGACUGUACCGGUGACCCCGACAAUACGUUUAAUUAUGAAAAAAAGUCAGCCAUUAAAUACAAGAAAAAAUCACAUAAACGAGCACGUAGCGCUCAUUCUGAAGAAAAAGGGUACGACGGCGUCCCGAACAUACAGUUCCUCUUUCAAAAUCAAGUCUUCAUGCCUGGUAAUAUGUUCGGGACAUCGUAUUCUGAGCCGCGUAGGCCAAAUAAAAAUACAUAUAAAUGCUCGCCAGAUAACUUUGUCCAAAGAGAAAUAGAUUUCAAAGAUGACCAACUUCUGUCACCGCCAUUUUUCUAUAAAAACAAUUCAUUGCCUUUCGACACUAAGAAGUUCUUAGACGGUGUCAAAAAUGAAGAUGAUGAGUUAGAUGGUUUAAACGCAGCUGGUGAUGUCAAAACAUCUAGCCCAAGUACAGAAAGUCAGAAAAAUGACAGCUGUGAAGAAAAGUUGUGGGAAGUGAUGAGCGAAUUAAAACAUUUUGACCAGUGGGCCGAUGAACAGUUGCAGGCUCCGUCCAUUAACACAAGCAAAUCCGACGAUAGUAAAAGCGACACAAGCACAUUCGGUUUGCCAAUAGCAAGCGCAUGUAACUUGAAUGUAACAAUUGAUAAAAGCAAAGCCUGGAGUCACGGUAAGUGGGGCGUGGUGCCUGUGCAAAUCAAGAAGCUGGUUGGAGUCACCAUCGAACAUGUCAGAAAGAAACAGAACAUGGAGAUAAAUAUAUUAAGAAAAUGUCGCCAUCCAAACAUAAUACUACUUAUGGGACUAUAUCCGGACGUGCAGAACAAUAUUCACAUCAUUUGUGAGAGAUGUAUCGAUACGUUAUUUGGCAUACUCCAUGUGCAGGGUCGAAUUCUCAGCGCGCAAACAUCAGUCCACUAUGCAUUAGAUAUAGCAAAUGCUCUAGUAUUUCUCCGAAUGCAAGGCUACUUGCACACAGAGUUGUCAAGCAUGAGCAUCGUCAUCACUGCCCAGGAUACUGCCAAGUUGGCAGACUUGGGCCCCUGUGUGAAACUCCCUCAGAAGAAAGAGAAGGAGAUGAAACAGUAUAAUAUGUAUUCACCGGAACCGCAAUACGUUAAUAUGGCUGAAACCCGCGAUACCAUUUCUGAAUCAGAACCACUUCUGUCCCAACGCUCCUCCGAGGCCUACCUUAGCAGUAAUGCUGUAGCAAAGCAUUAUAAGGCGUACUCUGAAUCAGAUCACUACCGAUGGCAAGCGCCCGAACUGUUUGUGCCAGAUGGAGACGGGCUAGUGUACUUGUGUUCUAAGAGUGAUGUGUAUUCCUUGUGUGUUAUACUCUGGGAAUGUUGCAAUGCAAGUCUUCCAUGGAAAUCACUGUCGUAUAAUAAAUUGAAGGAGCUCUACACACUAUGGAACACGGGUAUCCGUAUCCCCCAGGACGGGACCUAUCCGGGUAGUCUCUUGGCAGUGUUGCAGCGCGGCCUCACACUGCGAAGGGACAGCCGCAUGGACCUUGCCUCGUUGCAAACCACGUUGUUGGCUGUACAGCGAAACCUAGAUGAAAUCGAAUAUAUAAUUAUACCAGCGCGAUUAGCUAAAACGAAAUCGAGUUUCAGUACUCAAACCUGGGAUACUUCACCCACCGACUCCGAAUGCUUAAGCCCAAAGAAUAUAGAACACAAAGCCAUUAUACACACUCGAGAAGACCUCACCGAAAGCGAAAAAGACAGCAAAAUAGACAGUCCCCUGUAUGAAACAAUUCGCAAGACACAUUUAGUUACAUCAUACACGGCAGAGAAAUGUUUUAUAUCUGAUGAUGAAGACAAUCUCCCAAAUCAAUACAACAAUUUACAAGAAAAUGACGCGUUAAGCGCCUGUUCCACUCCCAUGGCAAAACUACGCGCUAGAAUAAAAGAUAUAGAAACUCCAGGGAUCUUACAUAAAAGUGAUUCCACCGAAUACUGUAGCAUCCUAAGUCCAGAUACUCGAUUAUAUAAUUUUGGCUUUAAUGACGAUAGUGUUAAGGAUCAAAGUGCCGAGCGACCAACGGCUAAACUGAGUAGAAGUUUUACUCCGAAGUCAUAUAAACCAUUGCAUAUAAAAGUACCAGAUUUUAAUUUAGAUUCCAUAAGAGGAAUAUUGAAGGAGAAAGAUAAUAAUGAACGAUCGUCAUACAAUUUUGAUAUAAAGAACUACAGUUUACCGACAACGCCUAUUGCUAGAAGUAACAAAUUGAGGAAGAACGCGUGGUUGUCUGGUGAUUUAAAUUUAACAAGAAGCAGUACUGGCAAUUCUAAAACUUCCUCACUUGCGCCAAGUACUGAAGACACCGAUACAAAGCAAUCUGAUAGCAUAAUAGUUUCUUCAACAAAUCCGUCUUUGGAGAAGGAAGAUAAAUCCGAAAUCUUGACUACAAAUCAGUUAGAAAGGAAUGAAGAGUCAUGUGAAAGUGUCGGUACUGUUCGUAAUAGUUAUACUGGGUUGAGGAGAGUAAGCGACCCGCCACAAGAUUUCGCGGACAUAGAGCCGCCACUAGCGCGGGCGCGGUCUCUCGCCUGCAUGGCGCCCCGCGGCGGCGCGGCGGACGACGUGCUGGCGAGUGUCAACGUGAAACCUCUAGUCGCGAUACAUGAGAAAUGGAUAUAUGAGGCUAAUAAGAAAACUGCUCGCUCGUUGUCACUGCCUGAGGAUAAUCGCAAGAGAGUGCCGGCGGUGAAGCCCGCGUCGCACUGCGUGGAGGCGCUGCCGCACGCGCCGCCCGCGCCGCCCCGCGGCACAAACGGUGGACACUGGGAACAAUUUUGCCAAGCGCGAGAAGCUAUUUCUAAGAGCAUGAAUUUUCACCCACAAGGUGGUAAUUGGAAAAAAGCUUCAGAAAAGGGGACAAUAACUGAAGAUUUAAUUAUAACAGAUACAAAAAUCGAUAGAUCGACCGACACGUUGAGCAUUGAAGAAUUCAUAAAAGAUCUCAUUCGCAAAGAAUUCCACCAUUUAAUCACCGAGAUGACAGACAACAUUUCAGAUUCUACAAACAGUUUACACAAAUCGGACGAGUUAUUAAACAAGGGCGUGGCAAAUAUUGUCGAAUCUUUGAAAAAUGGCGAACAAGCCGACCCCUCUGCUAAGAAAGAUUCCGUCAGAUCAUUUUCAAGGCUUAAAAUCAAUGGAAAUAACAAACCGUUGUUACAAAUAACUUUUAGUCGCUCCGGUGAGAAUAAUUUACAAGUUCUUGAUAAUUGCGUGAACGUGACUAUUUGUGACUCUAACGGUGGAAAGGAAAAACUGAAUAUCUCAGUAGAUGACACUUUGACAGGAGAUGAUCUUCAAAUUAACUCAUUAAAGAGGUGUCAAGCUUUCAGUGCGAUUCAGGAAGCUCGAAGCACCGAAGACUUGUACAUAGACGACGACUUGUCCACUAUGCAAGAGAACUUUGGUGGUAAAGUCAAACUCAUCCCCUUACACGGCUCUCUGCACGAGAUACUCUGCGAGAAGGAAGACGACUGCUGCCUCAUCAAGGUUAAGCAGGAAAAUGGCUGUGACACUAUUUACUUCAGAUGCGACAAUUCAGACACCGAGUCCCGCGACGCCGUCGACGGCUCCGACCGACCUAAAGACACGGUUGUCUUCAAACGAAGCAUAUCCCUUAUAGAGGAGAGAAUCCAGCGAAUCUUUCCCAAGGAAAAGCGACACAACCCUGUCGCAGCACUCAAAAAACUAAAUGACAAGCUCAAAGCUCGACCUAAAUCAGAAAUAUUUGUCAAAAACAUCAACAAAGACACUCGCGUUCUGAGCAACAGCAGUCCCUCUCUAUUCAUGAAGGAUGAGAAAAGCGACGAAGUGGAACUGAACAUCGAGAACGUGAUGUGUUACCAGGACUCUUCCUCCGACGAAUGCUUGAAGUGUCAAGUCGAAACCGACGACUUCGAGAUGUUAGAACGAGAGAUCGAAAGGGAUAUCGCUAAUGCCUCCACCCUGCUCACCUGCGGCUGUCUCGAGAAAAUCUCCGAAGAAAAUCUCUCUGUAAUAAACGAGGAUCUCGAAAAAUAC